GAAAAGAUUUUGUAACAGAAUGAUCACCGCGUACACGUAUUUGUGAAGCAGCAGUAUAUAAGGACAUUCUUCACGUAAAGUGACCAGUCUCAUCUACAAGAUCAACCACUCUGUUCAGCCAUGAAGGUCCUCCUUGUUCUCGCUGUUGUUAUUGUUGCUGUCUCCUGUGAGAUGUGCAGAGAUACCAGCGGCUGUUCCUACACAAUGUGUACCACUGGCAAUGAGGUCCACUGUAUCAACCACCAGUGUACAUGUACAUCGUCAGGGGGAUCAGGAGGUUGUACAAUGGCCUCAGACUGCGAUGGAUCAUGUCAUCAUGGUCUCAAUCAUCACUGUAUUGACGGACGCUGCAGAUGUACUCACUUCUAAAUAAAUCUAUCGCAAAACUC